GGCAAACGCAAGUUGGUGAAGCCAAGAAGCUUCCUAAGCCUUCGUGACCGCUGUCUUCCACCAGCGCCUACAAAACGCCCUUCCCCCCCCUUCUCCUUUCUCCAUCCGCUAAACCCUAAAUCUUCUCUAAUUCAAUCAAAUCCCUAUUUCUCUCUGUUUCAGUCAUGUGUGGUGGUGCCUUCAUCGCCGGCUUCAUCCCCCGCCGCGACGGCCAACGCGUUUCCGCCUCCGACAUUUGGCCAAACUCCCCCUUGUUCGAUUUUAACAAAUGUCCUCCCGAUCACGAUGCUUCUCCCGUCAAACGCCCCCUCCGUUCUUCCGAGGCUUCUUGGACAGAUGAGAAGCCGAAGAAGAGGCAGAGGAAGAAUCUUUACAGAGGAAUUCGUCAGCGGCCAUGGGGGAAAUGGGCGGCUGAGAUUCGUGAUCCGAGGAAGGGGAUUCGAGUCUGGCUUGGGACGUUCAAUACGGCGGAGGAAGCCGCUCGAGCUUACGAUCGUGAAGCUCGGAAGAUCCGUGGAAAGAAAGCCAAGGUUAAUUUCCCUAAUGAAGACGAUGAGUUUUCUAUUCAAGCGCGCUGUAAUCUCCAGAAUGCGAACCCUCAAUUUCACACUCAAAUUAGGGCUAAUAAUCUGCAUAGUGUUCCUGAAAAUUCCGUGUAUGGAGAAUUCUGCUGGGAUCGGAAUCAGAUCGGUAAUUUCAUGGCCAAGGAUUUCAAUGGCAGCCGGAUUCCGGCGGUGAUUGAGGAACAAUCCGCCUCUGGAUCGGAGAAUUCUUAUUCUCCGCCAGAGAGAUCAGAUGUUUAUCAGAACAUAAACGCCGUGGAGUUCGGUGUGGAAGAGGUGGAGGAGAAGCCGGAGGAGAAGGUCGCCAUUGUUGGCACUACAGAGGAAGAGAACGAGGUGCAGAAGCUUUCAGAGGAGUUAAUGGCAUAUGAAAACUUCAUGAAGUUUUACCAAAUUCCGUACCUGGACGGACAGUCGACGGUGACGAAUCCGGCGGAAGAACAGGUGGUGGGCGAUCUGUGGAGCUUCGACGACGACGACGGCGGCCUUCACGGCUCUGUUUCGUCGAAUGACUUGUGAUGAUCCAAGAACUUGUCUUGAAUUUCUCUGUGAAUUCUGGAACCGGUUUCGAUCCUUGAGUUUGGUGUUUCAAAAUUGUGGUUUUCUUGUUUAAUUUCAGAAUCUGUUUGUGUAAUUUUCAGCGUUUGAACGAUGUCAAUUUGUUGAUAUGAAAUUGUUUUCAAUUAUUUCAGCCCCUU